AUGAACGCAGCACGAGACCUCACCAACUGUCAUGGCGUCUCCCUUGAAGGGGGAUUGGUAGUGUAGAAAGUAGCCGCUGUCAUCUAUCAUUUUCCUCCGGUGUGCAGAGCAGUUAAUCCGGAUUGAAGAGGUUUAAAGGAGCCGGUAGUCACCAUGGGGACCGUCCAUGCUAAGAGUCUGGAUCCUCUCCCAAUGCAUGGCCGGGACUUGGGAGUAAACCCUGAUGACUUGGUGGAGACGCCGGAUAUGGAGCAAGAAGGGAAGCAGGAGAUCCUUGAGAACAAAGACGUGGUCGUCCAACAUGUCAACAUCCAGGGUCUGGGAAGAACUAAAGAGGACCUGCUGGGCUACGAGAUCUCUGAUGUUUUCCACGCCAAAAACCUGAUCGACGUGAUGAAGAAGGCUCAUGUCGCCAGACAGAAGCUGCUCCGCCUCGGGAUCUUUAAGGAUGUGGAGGUUCUUAUCGACACGUCUGAAGGUAAGGACGCUCUGCCGAACGGUCUGGAUGUGACCUUUGAAGUGACGGAGGUGAAGAGGCUGACCGGAAGCUACAACACCAUGGUCGGCAACAAUGAAGGAAGCAUGGUUCUUGGUCUGAAAUUGCCGAAUAUGUUGGGUCGAGCUGAGAAACUCACCUUCCAGUUCUCCUACGGUACCAAGGAGACGUCGUACGGUCUUUCCUUCUUCAAACCACAGCCCGGACACUUUGAACGCAACCUCAUUCUCAACCUGUACAAAGUCACCGGUCAGUUCCCGUGGAGCUCCCUAAAAGAGACCGACAGAGGCAUGUCUGCAGAGCUGAACUUUCCCCUUGGGGUGACUAACCACACGCUGAAGUGGGAGGGAGUCUGGAGGGAGCUCGGGUGCCUCGCUCGCAGCGCUUCCUUUGCUGUGCGGGAGGAGAGCGGACACUCGCUGAAGUCUGCCCUCUCGCACACUGUGUCAAUUGACUCGAGGAAUUCGGCCAUUUUCCCCAGCAGAGGUGCCUUACUGAGGAUCAACCAGGAGCUCGCCGGGUACACAGGAGGAGACGCCAGCUUCUUGAAGGAGGACUUUGAGCUGCAGUUCAACAGACGACUCUUCUGGGAUUCAGUCUUGUCUGCCUCUCUGUGGGGCGGGAUGCUUUAUCCAAUGGGAGGACCGCCGUCCUGCAUUGCUGACAGGUUCUACCUUGGAGGUCCCACCAGUGUUCGAGGGUUUGGGAUGUACAGCAUCGGGCCACAGAGUGAAGGGGACUACCUAGGUGGAGAGGCGUACUGGGCAGGUGGUCUGCACCUCUACACUCCACUCCCCUUCAGACCCGGUAAAGGGGGCUUUGGAGACCUCUUCAGGACGCACUUUUUCCUCAACGCAGGAAACCUCUGCAACCUCAACUACGGUGAAGGUCCCCGGGCUCACCUUCAGAAACUGGCUGAGUGUAUUCGCUGGUCGUACGGAGCCGGUAUUGUGCUGCGGCUCGGAAACAUCGCCAGACUGGAGCUCAACUACUGUGUGCCCAUGGGAGUCCAGAGUGGAGACAGGAUAUGUGACGGCGUCCAGUUUGGAGCAGGAAUCCGCUUCCUGUGACCUCCUCACUCCAGCAGAGACCGUGAUGUGAAAAGGGAGAAACGUGUCGUUGUUUGUCACCUGUAACUUGUUGUAGAGUGUAUUGCACUAGCAUGGGUCCUUCAGUAUGUCUCGGUCAAAGGUGCCUGACCCCCCUUCGAAACCUCCUUUGAUAAGCUCCACGUUAGGCUUCUCAACAACGCUGUGCCAGUGCUGCUUUGUUAAACUAGUGAAACUUUUUACACUACGAACUGAACCGCCUUUCACUGACCGGAGAGAAAACCCAGGUAGAAGAUUUCUUUAGCAGCAAACUCGAGGAAAGAUGAGAGCUAUGGCAAACACAAUCAUAUCAGAGCUCCGGCUCUUUCAUAGACUUCAAUAAGAUAUUUCUCUUUAGUUUACCUUCUCUCGUUUAUCUCCAGCACCGGGACGCUCUCUUCGGAAAAGUCAUCUACUAGUGAUUUGUCCCGCUUAGUUUAUUCUUUCCAGAUUCUUUAAGAGAUUUGGGGUAUGUUUCCAGUUUGCCUUGUAGGACUGCUCCUCACCUGGAGCACCUCUUUGUUUUAGUAUUUUUUGACACUGAACUGCACAUCACACACUCUCCUGACCUGUUGUUGUGCUGUGUGGUCGAAUGAUUACAGCAGCCAGGGAAUAAAACGGGACGAACCAGCACUUUGAAGUCAACACAGCGCUUUAGACAGAGAGUGGGAUCCAGUUUAACAGCUGAUGUAAAAGAGCAACAAGCUGAUCUCUCAGGCAGGCAGCAGUUUUAGGUGGGACCUCGUACCGCGCCCCGCUGAGCAACAUCCACCACCAGUGCUCUUACUGUUUGUUUUCUUUUUCAUGUUCUUGAAACAAUUCACAAAUAAAUCACAGCUGCUCCCCUGGC